AUGAACAACCCAUCCACAAAACUCCUCGUCGAAUUCAAACCCGAAUCAUCCAAACGAACACCCUCCACAUCCCAGCACAAAGCAAUCGAAAUCAUCCACUCCUCUGAUCCCUACCAACAAUGGAUAAACCUGCGGACAUCUCUCCUCCUCCAUCUCAACAGCUUGACAGAUGGUGAUUCAGUAUCGAUUACAAAAGUCCACGUUCUAUGGAAUGUUCUACAUAGCUAUGUAGAAAAGCAAGAUCUUAACUGGUCUUCGAUUUAUGAAAAAGCAGAUGAGAUACUUGAAACGCAAGAAUCGGUUGACGGAACUCCGGAACCGGAAGUCAAGCGGAAUGAAGAAAGGUGUAUGGAUGUAGUGAUUGCGUUGGGGUUGCUGAGGGUGAGGGAUAAUUGGGAUCGUUUGUGUGUGGAGUACAGGGUGGAAGAUGAUGGUGGUAAGAGGCAGCUAUUGAAAGAAGUAAGAGGGUAG